AUGUCAAUUGUCACCUUAACUGAAGGCGAGUGCAUGGCGAUGCUUGGCUCCUCAUGCAAUGCUGCUUUCCGGAGAUUUUCGACCGGGGUCAGGCAAAGCUUGCUGCGCGCCGACUUUCUCAAGUCGCACGACAUAACCACUCUUCAGGCGCUCGUGCUUCACAUGAUGUCGAUCCAAGGCCGCUGUAACAUACACGGAGCUUGGAUCUUGAACGGCAUAUGCGUGCGAAUUGCGCAGAAAAUGGGUCUCCAUCGAGACGGAGAGCUUCUCGGCCUGCCCCCAUUCGAGACAGAGAUGAGGCGCCGCAUCUGGUGGCAAAUAUUCAUGCUCGACUGCAAGUUUUCCAUGAUUUCCGGUUUGAGCCAGUCACUGCUCCCUCGUCCGAGCGACUGCAAGCUGCCGAAAAACCUCAACGAUGCAGACUUGCAUCCGGGCGCUACAGACAAGUAUCAGGAGCGUGAGGGUCCCACGGAGAUGGUGAUACCGCUGUUGGUCUUCCAGAUCGGGCAUUGCAUCCAGCAGCAGCCUGAUAUCGAGGCUCUGAUGCUGUACAACGAACUAAGUACCCUCAGCUCGGGACGAAAGAGCAAAGUUCAAUCGGCGCAGAUCAGCUCGUUCAUCAAACAACUCCAAGACCGGUUGAAUGGAGUUUUGGAGAAGAACUCUGACCCAUCUGCAGGCCCAGUACACGAAUUCGCCUCGCUUUUGAAAGCUCUUAUUCUCCAGAAGGUCAAAGAAACUACACGCCCUCCUCAGGAACAGCCAGAAUGGGGAAGUGAGAUCUUGACGCCAAAGGACAAUCUCUUCAAGUGGUCAGUCAUGACUACUGAGCAGAACGUCAAUGCCUACAAAUCAAAUAAGCACCAAGGUUUCCAUUGGUUCCUGAAGCUUCUUUUCCAGUUUGAUGUGGUAAUCUUCAUGGUCGGUCAAUUGAGUCAGCGAACUUCAGGAAAUCUGGUUGAGCGCGCCUGGCAACAGAUCCCGGCGGUUUAUGAGCAUCACCCGGAGUUCCUUGAUCCCUCGCAGGAGUACAACAUAGCACUCGCCAAAUUCGUAUUGAAGGCGUGGAAGGUGAGAGAGGACUGUCUCUGUGCCGAACAUGGCAUUCAGCCAGACGAACCCGCCUAUGUCACAAGAAUCCGCGAGAUCAUGGUGCCUCACUGGAGUAGGUCAUGGGCUGGUACGGAACCUCCGUCUCAUCCCGAGGGAAGACAUACUGCCAUAGACCAUCAUCAAGGAGAUCAUCCUCCGAUGGAACAUCUUUUUCAACGAUAUCUUGGUGCGGGGGCGUCGUCUUGGGACCCUUUGACGAUGCCAGAUCAAGAGAUCAUCAACCGCCAACUGUCUUCGUUCGAAGGCCUUGACAUGACAACUCCAACAGGAUGGUAG